UGCAGCGGAGCCGAGCCCGAGCCCGAGCCCCGGAGCCCUGACGCUGCCCGCGCGCCCGCCGGCCCCGGGGAGCCCUGACAGGCCGGACGCCUGGAGGUGGCAGCGCGGGGGAGCCUCCCGCACCUCUGGGAGCACAGCGAGCGGGGCGGGACUGGCCGAGGCGCCGCCGCCUCCGGACGGCAGAGGGGAGCCGCGGCCUCCUGGCCCCGCAGCCCAGGCCGGCGCCCGAGAGCGGGGAGCCCGCGAACCCCGCCCUCGGGGGCACCCCGGGAGCCUGCGCUCUGUGGGUGAAGCUCCCACCGCUCGGGCGAGGACGAGGCGGGGAGCCCUGUGGAGGGCGAGGCACCUCCUUCCACGGGCGAGGAGGACACCCCCACGCCGGUUGGCCGGGGGCAAGACAACCCCCCGAAGCAGAAAGGGGGGCUCCUUUCUAAAGGGAGCACUAGGAGCCCUCCUCGGCCUCCACGCUUCCCAACACACGCUUUCAGCAGUUCAGGACUUUGAAGGCGCAGAGAAAGGGGUGAUGCCUACGGAGUAAGCACCCUCCAUCCCAUCCGGUACUUAGGGUGUGUGUGUGAUCUGGGGUGGGGGACAGGAGUCCCGACAUCCCGAAGCAGAGGACAGCACCCCCCUCCACCACCACCACCUCGGGAACGAGAGUAACCGGCUUUCUGCCUUUCCAGAGAGGGAAGAAGUGCCUCUUCAACUUCCUUGCACCUAGACGGUGGAACAGGGCAGGGCCCCUCGGCCGCUCGGCGCUCCCGCAGACAGAAAGAGAACUCUACCCGCCAAAGACUCAGUUUUGGGGGGAAGGGGACUCCCCCAAGGGGGAGGAGACAACUCCUGGUUGGGAGAGGCUCCUCCCCUCCUCCCCAGAGUUACAGGCAGGGUGUGGGGAGUGUGCCACCUUCCCCAGGUAGGACCUCCUUCUCCUCCUCCUCCCCCAACUUCCCUUCCUCCUUCUCAUCCUCGGGGGACCCAGUUCCCCUCUGCAUCUUGGGAGACUCAGCUGAGUCCAGGAAGAGCCACCAAGGAUGACAGUCUUGGCCUGCCCUUGAAGAGGGGAAUCCCUCCAACCUCCAACUGCAGGACCUGGAGGUUCCCUCCUUCUGCUGGGGGAGACUUGGAGACAGAGCCUGAGAGUACCAUGGCUUCAGACUUAGAGAGCAGCCUCACCUCCAUCGACUGGCUGCCCCAGCUGACUCUCCGGGCCACCAUCGAAAAGCUGGGGAGCGCCUCCCAGGCAGGGACACCCGGGGGUAGCCGCAAGUGUCCUCCAGGCUCACCCACAGAUCCCAAUGCUACCCUGAGCAAAGACGAGGCAGCCGUCCAUCAGGAUGGCAAACCACGAUACAGCUAUGCCACCCUCAUCACCUAUGCUAUCAACUCCUCUCCAGCCAAGAAGAUGACCCUGAGUGAGAUUUACCGCUGGAUCUGUGACAACUUCCCCUAUUAUAAGAAUGCUGGCAUUGGUUGGAAGAAUUCAAUUCGACACAACCUUUCCCUCAACAAGUGUUUCCGGAAGGUGCCCAGACCUCGGGAUGACCCUGGGAAGGGCUCUUAUUGGACAAUUGACACCUGCCCUGACAUCUCCCGAAAGAGAAGACACCCUCCGGAUGAUGAUCUCUCCCAAGACUCACCAGAACAGGAGGCAAAUAAGAGCCCACGGGGAGGCAUUCCAGGAAGUGGGGACACCUCACUUCCUCCUGAGGGGAAUCCUCAGAUGCCACUUCAAAGCCCCACAGCCAUCACCAACUACAGCCAGAGUACAGGACCUGUGGAUGGUGGAGCAGUGGCAGCUGGGCCUCCAGGCCGAGAAAGUACUGAGGGUCCCCCUCCCUUAUACAGCACCAACCACGACUUCAAGUUCUCCUACUCAGAGAUCAACUUCCAGGACCUAAGCUGGUCCUUCCGUAACCUCUACAAAUCCAUGCUGGAGAAGUCCUCAUCUUCCUCCCAGCAUGGCUUCUCGUCUCUUCUGGGGGACAUGCAGCCCUCGAACAACUACUACAUGUACCAGCAACAGCCUCCACCACCUCAGCAGCCGCCGCCACAGCCUCCACCCCAAGCAGCACAGCCCCCGCAGCAGUCCGCACCCACCCAGGGCCCCUCGACGGUGGGGGGUGUGCCUCCACUGCACACCCCAAGCCCAGAUGGGUGUACCCCACCUGGGGGGAAGCAAGCGGGGGCCGAGGGCUACGGGCCUCCCCCUGUGAUGGCCAUGCACCCGCCCCCCCUGCAGCAUAGUGGCUACCCCCCACACCAGCACCACCCCCACGCUCACCCCGCCCAACAGCAGGCCCAGGGCCAGGCGCCCAUCAACAGUCCUGGUUUUGCCUUUCCUCCUGACUGGUGCUCCAAUAUAGACUCCUUAAAGGAAAGCUUCAAGAUGGUGAAUCGGCUCAAUUGGUCCAGCAUUGAGCAGUCACAGUUCUCAGAACUGAUGGAGAGCCUGCGUCAGGCAGAGCAGAAGAACUGGAGCCUUGACCAGCACCACAUCGCCAAUCUGUGUGACUCCCUUAACCACUUCCUUACUCAGACUGGUCAUGUACCCCCCCAGGGGGGUUCCCAUAGGCCACCAGCCCCAGCCCGGAUUGCUGACUCCUGUGCCCUCACCGGUGGCAAACAAGAGACAGCCAUGAACCAAGUGAAUUCCUAUGGGCACCCACAAGCCUCCCACCUCUACCCUGGCCCAUCACCAAUGUACCCAAUCCCCACCCAGGACUCAGCAGGAUACAAUCGCCCAGCACACCACAUGGUCCCUCGACCACCGGUUCCGCCUCCUGGUGCCAGCGAGGAGAUCCCUGAUGACUUCGACUGGGACUUGAUCACUUAGUGCACUCUGGCGUGUGGCCGUCAGCCCAGGGUUGGGUGGUGAAGUGUGGUAGUGGGGAGAACUCGGACCCAGUCCCCCCACCCUCACCGCUUUCCCAUAUAUAUCCUUUUUUUUUUUCUUUUUCUGUCAGAGAAGCCACUGCAAGAUGCUGCCGAAGAUAACCCCCUUUUUCCUGGCUCACUCUUCCUUUUCUUAUUUCCCCCAUCUAAUUCUUUUAGUGUUCUUAUUAUAUUUCUGUUGUUGUUAUGGAUUAUAUGCUGUUUCCAGUUUCCAGUCCCAGUGCCACAGGCUGUGUCCACCCCUUACUAAUCUUUAAAAACCAUCUGGUCAGAAAAGAAGGCCAUCUUGGGCACAAAAAUUGUUUCAAACCUGGCUUACCUUUCCCUUUGAGAAAUCCUGUCAUCUUAUCUUUCAGUCUGAAAUUCUUAUCUGUUCCUGUCAGUCAGCCCAGGACUAGACAGGUCACGUUAUCAGACAGAAGGGUUCUGUCUAAAACCCUGCUUGGCAUCCAUGUGUUUGCAGAUUUUACUCAAAGGUGCUAAUUUUGUCCUCUGAGUUCUUUUCCUUGCCCAUUUAUAUCUUCACUCCCUACUUCAUCCUCUCCCUCAUUCCCCAUCAAGAGGUGAUGGUGGUGGUGGUACAGAAGGGUGACAAAUGACAGCCUGGUGGAAUAAGAGUAAGAGGCCUGGGUUAGAUUGAGUUGAAUCUUGUAGAAGGGUGAUGGAAUAUAAGACUCAGAAUUUAGGUGUGUGCUUACCAUUCUUGAUUACAUCAGAGAAGCUUCCAUUGGCUUCUAGCCCAUUCUCUGCAGAAGACAACAGGGUCAGUCCUAACCCAAACUCUGCUUUUAGUGUAGUGAGAAAGAGGAAUAUUAAGCAUUGGGUCAGCCUUUUGGAAUGGUUUCACGUAACCAUUUUGGCUUUCAGAACAUUUUCUCUGGAAAGGAACUGGCAGCUUUUGGCAUUUAUAAAUUAUCUUUCACUGCCUUUUUCUACUCUGCAAAUAUUUUGCCUUCUUUUAGUUGUUUGUUCAGUUCUUUCACCACCUUAUUUUCUCCCAUUCACUUCUGGGAUUCUCAAGAAAGAAAAGCAAGCCAUUACCCCUCCCAGUAUCAACUUGUUUCAGAACAGCAUGGGAAUCUCUUUCCCACCUGUCAAGGUAGAGUCAGACUCAUAGCACUGGUGGCAGGAGUGUGGGGAAAGGAAAGGGAGCUAAUAGAGACAUGGGUAGGUGCUAUUCAUCUAUUUAGCCCCAUGGGUGCAUGCAUCCCUUGGAAUCCAAGUCUUUGGGACUGCAAAGUUUUUUUUUCUGUCAGACUCUUGAGGGGUGAAAGAUCUUGGUAAAGGAAAGUAAAGGAUUCCAAGGGAAGAGUUCAAUGAGGGUUGAGGGAGACCCUUCUACCCUCAGCCCAGGAAAAGGUAUAGGAAUAUUUUCUCACCUUUAAGGAGUGCCCAUGAUUAAUUGCUGCAAAGCACGUAAUGUAUAUUUAAUAUCUAUUGUUGAGUUUUAGAUAGAAGAGGGAAGGACAAUUGUUACUUCUGUUUCUGUUUUGCUGUUCACUUUCUGAAAGGUAUGGGACAAAAAUGUCUGGAAUUGACAAGGCCACUCUACUUUUUGCUUUUUGUCCAGGUUCACUCAUUUGCUUAUGAUUUCCAAGAGGCCUAGCUUUUACUCUUAUGCUUUUGUCUCUUUAUGCACUCCUUCCUUUUUUUUUUUUUUUUCCACGGGGGUUAUCCAUGACAGUUUGUUAAAGCAGUCCAGUGAGGCUGAGGUAAAGGCACAAGGAAGGGCAGUUAACUAGAGCACUUUAUUUCUUUGAAGUUCUUUGUAAGAAGUGGGGGGGUGUGAGUGGCUUGAAUCCCCCACUGCAUUGGAGGGCAGUUAGUGGGGUUGAAGUAUACAUAUUUCCCAUUGAGGAAAGGAAAUCUCUUAGAGGGUGGCAAAAUGCUUUUGCCCAGUGUCCCUGUUCUAGGCAUCUUUCCCUUACUCCUUCCAGUCAAGGUGCCUCCUACACACAACUUCUCUUCUGUUCUCUCCAAGCUUUCCCCUUUUCAAAUGAACACUCCUCUUUUCUAAAAACCCCUUUUCUACUCAGAUCCAUACAGGAUUUGUUAAGAGUAGACUAAAUCAAACAUGUAAAUGUCCCUCAUUUAUAUUCCAUCUGUGUCUUCUGAAAACUAGUCUCAUUGUGAAGUCUGCUGGGCACCAGCAUAACUGAAAUUUGGGGUUAACUCUGGAGACUGCCAAUCAAGCCUCCUGGUAUGUUAGCUCCUCUCCACUAAACUCUGCCUUGCUAAAUGGCACAGGGCAAGCCAGACCCUCUUUGGUCUUCAGUUUCUCCCCCCUUCCAUGAAAUAGAAAGAAAACUACUUUUUCUUUUUGGUUCAGCGUUGCUGGACUUGAAUAUAGUCAUUAUUGUUGUAUCGGGUGAUGUGUGCAAAACUGCAGGAGCUCACUGCCUACAAAGAGGAAGGAAGGGGCGGAAGGGGAGAGGAGACAGACAGAUGGGGCAAUCAUUUGGUAAAGAUCCACCCAUCCCUGCCUUCCUUUCUUCAACCCCUAUGUUUCCAGUUUGGUGAGUCAUUUGUACCACCCAUAAUGCUUUGCAUUGGUGCAGGCUGGGAAAGGGAUGUAUGGCCUCACAAGUUUUUUUUUUUUUUUUUUUUUGCAUGCUUUCUUAAUAAAAAAGAAAAAUAAUGUG